UCCUUCCCAGCCGAACCAUCGCCGACCUCAGCCAUCAACAUCACUCAAGCUGACCAGCACCACUCCUAUUGUCCAACUCCCCGAGAAACUCUCCCCCAGCGCGACCUAACAGAGCGGCAUCACACCGGGGAAGACACAGACAGAUCCACACCACAAAAAGGGGAAGAAAAAGAGGGGAAACGAAAAAGGGGGGAAUAAAAAGAUGUGCAGGUACUACGCCUUCCAGCACGCCUGCGCCCACACGGCGCUCGCCUUCGCCGCCUUCUGCCCGCCCGCCGCCCUGCGCCAGAACCCCUGCGGCGAGCGGCACAUCUGGCAGACCAUCCGCCUGGACGAGCCGUGCGAGGACUGCUGCCGGCACGCCGCGGUGGUGAGGUGAUAGAUAUCAGAUGACGGCGGCAUCGGCG